UCAUUUAAAUCUGGUGUUAGAUACCAGCAUGAAAUAUCACUGAACAAUUCCACUUUUAACUGAAACACUUUUAUUUCUGGUCCACUUCAUUGGCAAUUCGCAGCGUUAAUUUCUUUAUUGUAUUUGUAUAAUUAUAAAUUUUGUUAUUUUCAUUUUUUCACGAUCAUUUUUUGAAGCUGUUGCGAGGCUUGUUUUUCUCUUCAAAAUGGGCGAUGAGUUGGAUUACAUUUACCCUGGCACAGUGUUCAUAUGUCUGGGUAUUCUGUCCUGCGUGAACAGUUUCUACCUGUUCAUCACAGGCAAGGUGUUGGAGUCUGGACUGUGCCAGAGUGUGACCAUCUCUGUCAAGGGACUCCUAUUCCCCCUUGAGAGCUUCGCCAGGACACUCUUGUGCAUCAUUGGAAUCCUGAUUGAGAUCCUGACGACUUCGAAAGACAACCACUUUCUGCGCUCCCAGGACAGUCAGGAGAUGCUCAUCUACUGCUUCUACAUGUUCGCCUCCUUCUGCGAGUGCGCCUGCAUCCUCUCCCCCAAAAUAGACCGCAAGCUGACCAUGAUAGCCUACGCCAUGGCCUCCUUCGUCGAGUCCUACUUCGCCUACCACUUCAUCGAAUCCAGAGAGCAAAGCUGUAUCACCGUGUGCUGGUCCCUUCUGGCAUGUGUCCAAGGACUCACUUUUCUGCUGCAGGCGCUGGAUGUGAACAAUGCCAGUGUGCUGAUUGUGAGGAAUGCCAGUUUGAUCAUGCAUGGAACGUGGCUGUACCAUGUUGCCUUCUCAGACUACAUCUACGGACCCACUGAUGGCCAAAUGGACCAAAUGUACGAGGAAAACUACGAUUUUUCUAGAAACAACCUUCGUGACCUUGAACUAGACCCAGUUUUAGUUGAAACCUACCAAUCCGUUAAGGUAUCCAAGGUCGCGUUCGACUUCAUUCUGCAUUUCUUAUUAGCCUUCAUGUUUACAGUGUGGAGUUUCAUAAUUAUGUCAAUUCUUUUACGAAACGAACCGAAUGACCCCAGAGACGGGUCUUCUCGGCCGCUCGUCGACGACGAAGAUUUGUCAGAAUUCGAAGAUGGCAUUUUUGGGAAACAGGGCGACUUACCAGAAUCACGGGUUAUUCCUGAGAACGGAGAAGACAGUGGAAACGCCAACGAAUCGGUCACAAAUUUUGGGAUCUAAGAGAUAACUGCAAAAUAAAAUUACUUGAGAUUUGACCCGAUGAUGGCUUGUAUGGUUACUGGUUUGACUUAAUUUGAGUUAAUUUGAUUUAAUUACUAUUCAGUUUCAUUUUGAAAACAUGCAUUAUAAGUUGCCAAUUUAAUUGUAACC